AUGUCCAAGGAGCUGUCGGUUCUGGUUUCCGAGGUGGAGGUCGAGGAGUCGCUGCAGGCGAGGGACGUGCUCUGGCAGGGCUUGGUCGAGGUCCACACUCACGAAUCUCUCAUGAUGGAGGUGUCUGCCACGUCCAAGAGGCGCAAGAAGGCCGAUCAGGACGUGGAGGAGCCGCCAGAAUCCCAAGCUGAAGCUCGAGAUCGACGGCGGAAGCUGGAGACAGCGGUUCGCAAGAUCCACGUCAAUCUUGGCCACCCUGCGGCCGGGGACCUGAUCCGCAUCCUCAAGCAUGGCAACGCGACCGAGGAGGCCAUCGCCAUCGCACGGGAUUUCAAGUGCGACGUAUGCGAACAGAACCGAGCUCCCAAGUUGCCACGGCCAGCGGCGCUUCCCAGAAACAUUCAGGCGUUGUCCGAGGUGGGCUUCGACGUCAAGGAGCUGCCGUACUACAUCUCUGGGAAGACCUGGGCCGCUCUGAAUGUCGUGGAUGGCGCCAGCUCUCUCCAACAGAUGAUGCCGCUGGCGGGUAAUGAGGAGAACGGUGAGACUCUCAGGAAGGCCUGGGACGUGGGCUGGCGACGGCCCUACGGAGCGCCGGUCAGGGCCAAGUGUGACUCGGCCCAGGCCAACACCGGUGCCAUCAUGUCCGAGGUGCUGGAGUGCGACGGAAUGGACUUUGACGUCAUCCCAGGCGAAGCUCACUGGUUACACGGAAAGGCUGAGAGACAUGGCUCCUGGUUCGCCAACAUCCUGAGCAAGGUGAUCGGGACUGUCCAGCCGAAGAACCAUCAGGAGUGGGAGCAAUGCGUCGGCAUGGUCUGCGAUCAGAAGAACCGUCUCCUGAGGAAGCAUGGGCACAGCCCUUGCCAACGCGUGUUCGGGCGUGAUCCUCCUCUCCCGGCCGACCUUCUCAAGGACUCACCGGACAUUGUUGCGAACAGUUUGGCGCUACGCAGCGACGUCUACCAGCGGGCUGCGGCUGUUCGGACUGCCGCCCGCAUGGCUGUCCUGAUGUACAGUGACGAUGAGGCCAUGAGAACGAAUUUCGAGCAGGCGAUCGGGUGGCCUACUGGCGGCGAGGAGGAGCGGGCAGACUGGCAUGUGCGUCAAGAGUUCAGGGCCGCCCAAGAGAAGUUCAAAGGAAAGCAGGGCAACUCGGUCUACGUGGACCUGCCUGCUGAGAAUCAAGGACAGGCUCCGGCACCAUCGGGCGAAGGUAGCGUCAUCGUGGUGCCGGCACCUCUGCCUGUCGGCCCUGAGCCUGCGCUACCUCUCGGGCCCGCUCUACCUGCGGACCGACCUCCGCCUGAUGCUGGAUCGACUGACGACGUGUUGGUUCCAGCUCCCGGGGGCAACAACCUCGAGGUGGACCAGGCCGCCAAGAAAAAUAUCGACGAGCUGCAAGACCCGAGCCUAGUCGCCCGGCGCGUGUUCGACAUCGAGGGUAAGCCCUUGGAACGCCUGAGAGAGAAGACAGCGGUCCCGACUGAGGGUCUCACAUCAUCGGUGGCAUUUGGUCAAGCUAUUACUACGGCUGUGCAGCCUGCAGUCGAGGAGUCUCCGACUCGGCCAGCUGAUGCUCGGCGGGCGCUCCUGGACCCCGAUCCUGAGCACGACGAGCUAGUGGCAGAGGCUGAGACGGAGGGUCAGGGCGCGAUCAUCACUGCUGAUGUCUGCCUGACCUCCAUGGUGCGCACCGGGGAGCCCUGCUACGAGGCAUUGCUGGCGAAGGGUCGCAAGGAGAUCACUGACAAGCUCCGCCCCGACCUCAUCGAGGAGAUCCUGAACGCCAAGAUGACAGAGUGGCAGACCGUGGACCAGGAGAAGCAUGCCGUACGUGUGUGCAGUUUGAAGGAGUCAGGUGAGAUCAAGCGUACCCGACCUGAUCGACUCGUUGACACACGUUUCGUCCUGACCAUCAAGCGCGACUCCGACGGCAAGGAGUUGGUAAAAGGCUCGUUGGUUUGCCAGAGCUGGCUGCAUCUCAUCAAUGGCGACUUCAGAUCGGAGAUAUCCGGGGCGCCUUUAUGGAGAGCGACCCACUACAACGACCAGAUGGACCACUCUACGCGAAGCAACCACCUGGCGGUCUUCCUGGCCUUCAUCCUGAUCAGGUGGUGGAACUUGUGCUACCCCUGUAUGGCUUGGGUGACGCUCCUUGCCGUUGGUAUUCCAAGAUAUCAGUGGGCCGUCGGUGAGGGCGAGUACUGCGGCAGUGUUCUCCACCAGGACCCGAAGACGUUCGACAUCUCCAUCCGCCAGACCACGCCUUACCAGGAGCUCAAGCCAGCCCUCUACGCGGACUUCGACAUCAAGACGCGUGAGCGCUGGCUAGGUCGACAUCCCUGCCUGGCGGUGACCGACUGUAAGAGCGUGUACGACCACAUCACUGGCGCCUCAUCGCCACCCACAGUCGGAGAUCGCAGAGUUGCCGUGGACAUUGUUAUUGUUCGAGAAGGUUCGGAUCGAGCCACAACAACACUGAGGUGGGCGCCCACCAACCGCCAGAUGGCGGAUGGCUUGACGAAAGACACUGCUGAGACGUGUUAUUUGCUCAGGGGUGUCAUCAGGACUGGAUGCUACCAGAUCCCCGAGGAGAGUCUCAUGCUGGACUGGGCAAAGACGGAGCGG